CUCUCCGCGCUUUGUCAAAAUGGGCGCACAGAGACUUCUCCGCCUGUUUCGACUCUCUCUCUCUCUCUCUCUCUCCUUCAUAUUCAAACAUACUCUCUCACGACACCAUCGGACCUCAAUCUGUCUUUUUUACAUUGUCGUGCUUACAUUCUUGCAGAAAAAGAAAAUUUUGGAAGGAACUUUAUUGAUCAUCAUAAAGAAGUGUAAUUCAGAAUCCUGUUGAAGAUAUUAGCGUUGUAGAGAUUCGCCAAAUGCUAAACGUUGGCAGGACCAGAAAUCAGCCAAGGUCCAACAGGUCUAUGCCUCUUGGAGGCCUGGAUUAUGCAGACCCUAAAAGGAAGGGUAAUUAUGCAGGGAAGAUUCUUUUGGCUGCUUUCCUCACAGCCUUGUGCAUUAUUAUGCUCAAACAAUCCCCAACAUUCAAUACCCCAAGCCCGUUCUCAUUGCAUGAAGAAGGGGUAAUUCAUGUGCUUGUGACCGGUGGUGCUGGCUAUAUUGGUUCACAUGCUGCAAUGCGGCUUCUGAAGGAUGGUUACAGGGUAACCAUAGUGGAUAACCUCUCACGGGGAAAUAUUGGUGCUGUCAAAGUUCUACAAGAAUUAUUUCCAGAACCUGGGAGGCUACAGUUCAUAUACGCUGAUUUGGGGGAUGCAACAUCUGUUAACAAAAUAUUCUCAGAAAAUGCGUUUGAUGCUGUGAUGCAUUUUGCUGCUGUUGCAUAUGUUGGGGAAAGCACCAUGGAUCCUCUUAAGUACUAUCACAACAUUACAUCGAACACCUUGGUAGUCCUGGAAUCGAUGGCUGCACAUGAUGUGAAGACUUUGAUAUAUUCAAGUACGUGUGCAACAUAUGGAGAGCCUGAGAAAAUGCCCAUUACUGAAGAUACUCCACAGAUCCCAAUUAAUCCAUAUGGAAAAGCUAAGAAGAUGGCAGAAGACAUCAUCCUGGAUUUUUCUAAAAAUUCUAACAUGGCAAUUAUGAUACUAAGAUACUUCAAUGUGAUUGGUUCAGAUCCCGAUGGUAGAUUAGGUGAGGCUCCCAGACCUGAACUGCGUGAGCAUGGACGAAUUUCUGGUGCUUGUUUCGAUGCAGCUCAUGGUAUUAUUCCUGGCUUGAAGGUUAAAGGAACAGACUACAAAACACAUGAUGGCACUUGUAUUCGAGAUUAUAUUGAUGUUACCGAUCUUGUUGAUGCUCAUGUGAAGGCCCUAGAAAAGGCAAUGCCUGGAAAGGUUGGGAUCUACAAUGUUGGUACCGGAAAAGGUAGAUCCGUCAAGGAAUUUGUGGAGGCGUGUAAGAAAGCAACUGGUGUGAACAUCAAAGUCGACUAUUUACCUCGCCGACCUGGUGAUUAUGCUGAAGUUUUUAGUGACCCAACAAAGAUUAGGCUUCAGCUGAACUGGACAGCACAACACACUGAUCUCCAACAGAGCUUACAGACUGCAUGGAGAUGGCAAAAGGCACAUAGAAAUGGUUAUGGAUCGCCUUUGGUGAUGGCUUCUUGAAACAAUUGAGAGACGUCCAUAGUAGAAAUUUAAAGAAGACCCCCAUGCAGCACCCACUUUGAGCUGUGCUUCUAAUAUCUUAGAAGAGGGGGCUAAAAGAAAAUUAUUUUUCCCCAUUUAAUAUAAUAUAAUAGCGGUAGGAGUAGCCAAUUCAUUAUAUGUAUUGAACUGAUAAUUAGCUAAUAAUAUGAUGCCCUUCUGCUGAGGUGAAGGUAUAAUUUCCAUUUGAUUCA